ACUUGGGCGCUUCUUUGCCUCCUGUUUCAGCUGUGGUUGCAGCUGCUGUGCUGACUCAUGCACUAGCAGCCAGCAGGAGCAGAAGCCCGAGCAUGGGUUUUCUAGGAGCUGUGGCCAACUGGGGGCUUCUGGAUUACAAAACAGAAAAGUAUGUGCUGACCAGGAACUGGCGAGUGGGUGCCUUGCAAAGGCUGUUCCAGCUCGGAGUCGUGACCUAUGUGGUGGGGUGGGCUCUCAUUGCCAAAAAAGGCUACCAGGAAUGGGACCUGGACCCUCAGAUUUCUGUCAUCACUAAACUCAAAGGGGUUUCUGUGACUCAGAUCAAGGAGCUAGGGAACCGGCUGUGGGAUGUGGCUGACUUCGUGAAGCCGCCGCAGGGAGAGAACGUGUUCUUCUUGGUGACCAAUUUCCUUGUGACACCAACUCAAGUUCAGGGCAGAUGUGCAGAGCACCCUUCUGUCCCACUGGCUAACUGCUGGGCUGACGAGGACUGCCCUGAAGGGGAGACCGGAACACACAGCCACGGUAACUGCAUAAAAACAGGUCAGUGUGUGGUGUUCAACGGCACCCAUAGGACCUGUGAGAUCCAGAGCUGGUGUCCAGUGGAGAAUGGCACUGUGUCUACCACGAGGCCCCUGCUGAUCCAGGCUGAGAAUUUCACGCUGCUCAUCAAAAACACCGUUACUUUCAGCAAGUUCAACUUCUCCAAAACCAAUUCUUUAGACACCUGGGAUGCUACCUAUUUCAAGCAGUGUCGCUAUGAUCCACUCUCCAGCCCUUACUGCCCUGUAUUCCGCAUCGGGGACCUUGUGACUGCAGCUGGAGGGGACUUUGAGGACCUAGCACUGACGGGUGGUGCUGUGAGCAUCCGUGUCCACUGGGAUUGUGAUCUGGACACUGGGGGCUCUGACUGCUGGCCACACUACUCCUUCCAGUUGCAGGAGAGGAGCUACAACUUCAGGACGGCCAGCCACUGGUGGGAGGCUCCAGGCGUGGAAGCUCGCAGUCUGCUUAAGCUCUACGGGAUCCGCUUUGACAUCCUUGUCACUGGGCAGGCAGGAAAGUUCGGGCUCAUCCCCACGGCCAUCACAGUGGGCACUGGAGCAGCUUGGCUGGGUGUGAUCACCUUCCUCUGUGAUCUGCUGCUGCUGUAUGUGGACAGAGAAGCCCAUUUCUACUGGAGGACAAAGUAUGAGGAGGCAAAAGCCCCAAAGGCGACUGCUAACCUUUCAUGGACCAAGCCGGUUUUCACACCCACAACAAGUCCAGCUUUCCAGGUGCCUUAGAUGGUGCCACCACCUGUCCUCACAACCUCUGUUUCUCGGUGCCUGACUUCAGUUCAAGGGUGCUCCUGUCUGGGCUUCAGCACCCACUUGCUGGCCUAUUCCUGAGGUCUAUAGCCACUCCAUGUUUAUUGGGGUUUGGGGAAUGGGGAUGGAAAAGGGUAGGGAUCUUGGCUUAGGAACCUCAAGGAUAGAGCCCUCAAAGGACUGGGAUAAGAGUUGGAGGGAGAACUCUGCCCUUGAACUCCCAGGAAGACUGUCUCUCCUGGGUCUAGCCUUGGCAAGGUACUAUCUUGGAAGAUACAGAAACCAGUUUUGUGGCACAACAUGAGCUAUGGAGGUGAGUGAGCAGAGGCACCUGAUUGCACCACAGUAGUGUUCAGCCUGUGAAUUCCUGCCCUUCCCUGUGACAGCUCUUGGCUGUUACACAGUUGAGACAGAGAGGUAUGGGCCUCAGUUGGUGGUCUUGAGUCUUCUGGUGUCUUCUCUAUACUUCCUCGUAGUUCUUCCAGCCUAACCCCCUGGAAACUGACCACUAGGCUUCCUGAAGGCCCCAGGAUAGAAAGCCCAAACAUCUGGAACUUACUGCCUCCUAAGUCAUACCUCUCUGGGUCCUCUAGGGACCUCUCUGACUAUGCAGCCUAACCUGAGGCACACCAGAGACCCUGAUCUUGAUCUUAGGCAGAGUUCAGUGGCUACAAGGAAUGUCUCUAAUAAAGGAUACUGAGGUUCCUCUGAA